UGCAGAUUGAAAUCGCCCCCUUCUCUUCUACUUUCACUCCAUCCAUCAUCAUACCAAAAUUAAAUACAGUAUCUUCUUUUUGAUCAACAUGUCUUCUUCAUUUGACAUCGCGACUCCUAGUAAAUCACAUCAAGAGUCAAGACAAGCUUCGGAGACAACGGUGAAUUCAAUUCCUAUCAUCGUCACAUCUACAGUCGCUUACCUCCUUAGUCUGGAAAUUGAUCUUGCCAUCGAAAACGGGAUCAAGCUGGCAGUUCGAAAGUUGAAUCUUCAAGAUGAAGAAAGUGACGUCGAGCCAAAAAGCGUCACCGAAACAAUUUUAAAAUCCGUAGAAGAUUUCAUCGGUAACGCAUUGUCAAUUCGUUCAAUGUUAUCGUUUCAAGAAAGAAUUAUGCAAAUGCUUGGGAAAGAGGAAGAAGAGAUCGCAAAGUAUAAGAAGCCUUACAAAAUCUUUCCUGAUGUCGCCAUCGAGUCCACAGACUUACCUGAACCAUAUCAUGAAGCUACACGAUCCAUGGUACAAACUGUUUUUGGUGCUUACCGUACGGAAAUCGAAAAAGGUGUAACGACAGUACAGCAACAAAGUGGUCUUGAUUUCCAGAAUUGCUUUGAGUCAAGCUUGGACGAUCUGAUCAAAACUAUCCAUUCGCAUGCUUGUCAAACUGAAGUGGAUGCAGUGCACUUGCAACACGACAUGAUGGAGAUUUUGACCAAAGACGUAACAGCAAGUACCAGAAUGGAAUUGGAAAAGCAGAACGAUGUGGUGUUGACAGCUUCUCAAACUUCUACUGUUGUUUCCGCAGAGAAGGUAGAAAAGGUUGACAAAACGACCAAUACCCUCCAUGUUGAAGUUGCUGCAAUUCCAAGCGAUCGAUUCGAUGUCGGCGUAUUGACGCAACCGCUUUUGCCAAUCCAAAGUGCAAAUUCGACUCCUGAAAGUGAAUCUUCACAAUCCACUCAACCCGUCCGUCGUAAACGAUUAAGACGAGCAAGCAUGACACAAGAAGCGGAGAAAGCAAACGAGGAAGGAUCUGAUGAGGAAAGCAGUCAGCUCAGCUAUGAUGAUUACGAGAAUCGUAGCCUCUCCUCCCAACUUUCCGAUUUCGUCAUCAGUGAUGACGAAGUCCCCAAUGCGUACAUCAGCACGCUCGGAUACACUUACCGUAAGAGUAUGACAGAGUAGUUUGUCGCCUUGAAGUGAUUUGGAC